CUCAGCCUCCUGUUCAUGGCCCUGGUCAGGUACAGGCUGUUCUGCCCCCAGCCUGCUGUGCUCCUCAUUGUGUAGCCAGGCCUGCUUUCAUUCAGCCCCAGCAGCCGGAGCCCAGCUCUCCAACACAAGGCUGGGAAGUGCCUCAGCUUCAAUUUCCCAGCUGCUGCCUAAGACAGGAGCAGAUUUUCCCAAGCCUGCAGCAUUAUAAGGGGUUUGGGUUAUUUUUCUGCCAGCUUUGCAAUAUUUGGAGAUUUGACUCCCACUAGACUGGGUGUUGUCCGUGUUUUGAAGGAACUAUCCAUGCCCCUGGCAACACAUUUUUGCUACGUGCAUGGACAGAUGCAGCAAGCAAUCAAGGAGAGCAGGAGGUGGCAGUGAGAACAAGGCUGUCAGAUGAUGGAGAAGGAGGGGGACAGAGGUACAAAGGCUGGCCAGGCUCCACAGGUGGGAUAGGUUGUCUGGAGCAGAGGAGAAUCAAAUUGUGUGGAAUAGAGGGAAGGUGAACAGUGGACCAGAUGCUGUGAAAGCAGACAGCAAAGACCUUCAGUGUAGACACCAAAGGGGCACAAACCCCAAGGCACCGCUCUCGGGUUUGGUUGAAAACAGAAGCUCCCUCCUUACGAGAGCAGAUGAGAAGAGUAUGAGUAAAAAGAUGCCAAUUAGUAAGAAUGUCAGGAAGGACGAGGCAGGGUGUUUGGAGAAUGGUGUAUUUUGUCUCUCCCUCACAAUGACAUGUUUUGAAAGCUGUUUUAAAACAAACCCUGAGUGUUUUCAACAAUGGAGGGGACACUAUUUUUUUUCUUUUUUUUUGGGGACAAGUUGACAGGAGAAGGGAAUAGAAUGUGUGAUGCAUAUUGAUAAUGGUUCACAGGGAAGAGGCAUCCAAGACCCAAAAGACUGGCCACAUCAGGAAUAUUUUUAUCAAUGGGUUAUUUGAAUAUUUACAUUUUGAAGAAAGAAUCUUCAUUGUUUGCUCUGCACACCAGGGACUUCUUGGCCAGUCUAAACAGUACAGGUUUCUAAUGUAAAUAAUUGUUCUUCUGCCUUGUGUCAUGCAUGAGGAUUAGAGGUGGGAAGUCCCUCAAAGAAGAGAAGGGGGUGCCUUGAAGAAGAUAAGACAAGCCUCAAAAGUGCCAAUGGAAGUGGGUACAUGAGGUUUUCCCCUCUGUCACUCCUUGUCUCAUGUGUAACCUGUGCACCUCCUGGGGUGGGAUGCUGGGAUUUUAUGUCAGGUCCUUUAUUUUGGUAAACUGUGUAUAUUGGCUGAGGAGGGAGGAGAAGGCUGGCUCAGAGCAUCUGUCCUUGUCACUAUGCCAGCAGAUACCUGGUUCCCACCUGGCAGUAGCUGGUACCUUGUGCACUCAUGGGGCUGCUCCUGCUGGUCUUUUCUUUUCUUUUCUUUUCUUUUCUUUUCUUUUCUUUUCUUUUCUUUUCUUUUCUUUUCUUUUCUUUUCUUUUCUUUUCUUUUCUUUUCUUUUCUUUUCUUUUCUUUUCUUUUCUUUUCUUUUCUUUUCUUUUCUUUUCUUUUCUUUUCUCUGCUUGUGGAAACCAGCAAUGUUUUGAAAACAGCCACUCUUUAAUGCCAGUCUUCUGGCCCAAAUACCUCGGGCUUUGUGGCUCUGGUGUCUGUCUCAUGGUUAUUGUUUCAGGGCCAGUAACAUUGUAAAAGUUCUGAUUCAGAAAUUGUGCCUAGAGCACGUCAAAGGAAAUCACAUUGAGAUGGACUGUUCUGACUGUAAAUGAGGAGGUUAUUUUGUCAGGAGCUGGUCCUCUUUGCACUCCUGGGCUGGCAGGUCUUGAAGCCGUCAGCAGCACUGUGGAAUCUUACGGGAAAAUCUGCACAGACUGCUAUUCCAGAGACUUCAGAGGAAGGAGAGAUCUUAGUAACUUCAGUUAAUUUGGUGAAUAGCUAAUGAAUGUCAUAAAACAAGCUGAGAGCUGGAAGAUCAUAUUGAGGUUCCCAUUACUGGUGUAAUUUUAAAAUAAUCAUAUGCAAAGUAAUGAUACAUUAUUAAAAAAGAAAAAAACCCUCUGAAAUAUCUGGGGCAAACUCUUCUUGGAGCGAGACUGAGGAAGAUGAUACACAUUUACCUGUGCAUGUAUAUACAAAGAGCUGAAAUAGAUCUAUAGCUCUACAAGAUCUAAGCUCCCUCAUAACAGAGGAUCUGUGCAACCUUCCUCCAGCUGCGAUGCCUGUGUGUCCCUCAGGGACACGGCAGUGGGGACCUUCCCAAGCAGUGACGGCCUUGAGCUCCCGGCUGGAGCCCGGUGGGAGCGGGCUGGGCCCUUCACUCGCGGGUACCCGGGGUGGCCUUGGCCCCGGGGGAGGUACCUGGGACCCUUUUACAGCGAUGGAGGGCCCCGGGGGAAGUACCUGGGACCCUUUUACAGCGAUGGAGGGCCCUGGGGCACCCUGCGCUCCCCUGCCCCGGGCCGCCCCUUCCCCCGGGCUCCGCAGGCCGGGCCGCGGUGCCUGAGCACAGAGCGGGGGCUCUGCCGGGCCUGGCGGCGCUCCGUGAGGGAGCGGAGCGCCCGGGGGCAGCCGCCCGCCCUCUCCGGCACUGGGGGCGGUGGCUGCCGUCCCCUCGCGUCCCCUCCCGGCCCGUCCCGCCAGAGCCCCCCGGGGCCGCCCGGGGGCGGAGCCGCCGGCCCGGCCCGGCCCUCCCGCCGCCGCCGCAGUGGCCGCGCAGCCCCGGGCAGCGGGCAGGGAGCGGAGCCGGGCUGGGCUGCGCCGUGUGAGCGGGGCCGCCGCGGCGGCAGGGGCGGGGCCGGCACAGGGGCAUCCUGCCUUGCCUGUCGCCCGGCAUCGCCGCGGCGGGCAGCGCGGCGGAGGGUGCUGCCAGCGCCGAGCCGCGGAGCCCCGCCGGGGUGCGCGAAGAUGCUGUCCUACAGCGUGCUGGACGCCAACGUGGUGGACGUGGAGAAGCGGAGGAACCCCUCGAAGCACUACGUCUAUAUUAUCAAUGUAACAUGGUCUGACCUGACUUCCCAGAUCAUCUACCGUAGAUACAGCAAGUUCUUUGACCUGCAGAUGCAGCUUCUGGACAAGUUCCCUAUUGAAGGAGGCCAGAAAGAUCCCAAGCAAAGAAUCAUUCCUUUUCUACCAGGCAAGAUCCUGUUCCGGAGGAGCCACGUCCGAGAUGUCGCAGUGAAGAGGCUGAAGCCCAUCGACGAGUACUGCAGGGCACUGGUUCGGCUUCCUCCCCAUAUUUCACAGUGUGAUGAAGUCUUCAGGUUCUUUGAGGCUCGCCCAGAAGACCUUAACCCUCCAAAAGAGGAUUAUGGAUCUUCGAAGAGAAAAUCAGGUGCUGAUGCUAGCUCUGAACCCAUGAUCCUGGAGCAAUAUGUGGUGGUGUCCAACUAUGAGAAGCAGGAAAACUCUGAGAUCAGCCUCCAGGCUGGAGAGGUCGUGGAUGUCAUAGAGAAAAAUGAAAGCGGUUGGUGGUUUGUGAGCACAGCAGAAGAGCAGGGAUGGGUCCCUGCUACGUACCUGGAAUCCCAAAAUGGAACCAGAGAUGACUCUGACAUCAACACAUCUAAAUUUGGGGAAGUUUCUAAGCGACGCAAGGCUCACCUGAGGCGCCUGGACCGGCGAUGGACGCUGGGCGGGAUAGUCAACAGGCAGCAGAGUCGAGAAGAGAAAUAUGUCACUAUCCAGCCGUACGCCAGCCAGGGGAAGGAUGAGAUUGGGUUCGAGAAAGGGGUCACCGUGGAGGUCAUCCAAAAGAACCUGGAAGGAUGGUGGUACAUCAGGUAUCUGGGCAAAGAAGGCUGGGCCCCAGCUUCAUAUCUGAAGAAGGCUAAAGAUGAUCUUCCAUCUAGGAAAAAGAACCUAACUGGGCCAGUGGAAAUCAUAGGAAACAUUAUGGAGAUCAGUAACCUGCUGAACAAGAAAUCAUCUUCUGACAAGGAAGCUCAAGUAGAAAACGAGUCUGCAGAAACUCACAUCACCAAGAAGGAAAUCAGUUUGCCCAUCCUGUGCAAUGACUCUAAUGGCAAUGCCAUGAUGACUCCAGACAAGCAGGCUUCCAAACUGGCCCAGGGAUCCCCAGCCAUAGCAAGGAUAGCACCACAAAGAGCUCAAAUAAGUUCUCCAAAUCUAAGAACAAGGCCACCCCCACGAAGAGAGUCCAGUCUGGGUUUUCAGUUACCCAAGCCGCCAGAGCCACCCUCCGUGGAAGUGGAAUAUUACACCAUUGCUGAAUUCCAGUCAUGCAUCUCUGAUGGCAUAAGCUUUCGUGGAGGACAAAAGGCAGAGGUUAUCGAAAAGAAUUCUGGUGGCUGGUGGUAUGUGCAGAUUGGAGAGAAGGAAGGAUGGGCUCCAGCAUCUUACAUUGACAAGAGAAAGAAACCGAAUUUGAACAGAAGAACCAGUACUUUAACCCGCCCAAAGGUUCCUCCCCCAGCACCUCCCAGUAAACAAAAAGACUCUGAAGAAGGAACAGCUCCUGGAGCAGUUUCUUCAGGAGAUGCCCAGGACUCUCCCCACAAGCUGAAAUAUGAAGAACCUGAGUAUGAUGUGCCUGCCUUUGGCUUUGACUCGGAGUGUGAAGUGAGUGAAAAUCACCAUGAAGAGGGUACUCCCGAAAAACGACUGUUUCAGCCCCUCAAGCCUUCCCCUGUGUCAUCACUUCAGAAAGCAAAGUUCAAAGUAGGAGAGUCUUCAGAAGAAGUAGCUCAUGAAGAGGAAACCAUCUAUGAGAACGAGGGGUUUAGGCGUUAUGUGGAAGACGCUUUGUCCAACAAGGAAUCUAGUGGGGAUUCCGAUUCUCAGAAAAGCUCCUCUCUGUCCUUGAUCCGAAGGAAUUCUCCAUGUUCCAGCUCUCCUAAAUCAUCACUUAUGAAGCUCAAGACAGACAAAAACAUUCAGCCUGAUCUUGGAAAAUGUCACUAUUCCAGGAGCGAGGAGACAAAACCAAGGUCAGCUUCAGAUGUCGGCUUACGUAGCGUUCCAAGAACAGGCAUGAAGAAAGAUCCUGGGCAGAGUCCUUCCAUCAGAGCAAAGCCAAUCGUCAGGCCCAAACCCUUCCUGAACAAGGCAGACUCUCAGAGCCAAGAAAAGAUGGAUAUUAGCACUUUAAGGCGUCAGCUGAGGCCAACUGGGCAGCUUAGAGGUGGACUCAAAGGUUCAAGAAGUGAAGAAUCUGCAAGCCCCCCCUGCACAGCUUCUGAGAGCCAGGAUGACCCUGUUCGGAGAAGCUCGGCUGAUCUCAUCACAGCUCCUUCCCGUGGCAUCUUCUGCUCCAGCCACACAGCCAAAACCGAGCAAGAAAAUGACUCCAGAUGUUUCUAUGUGACCACUGACUCAUACCAAAAGGUACAGGAUUCUGAAAUUUGCUUCCCAGCAGGAGUAGAAGUGGAAGUGCUGGAAAAGCAAGCCAGUGGGUGGUGGUACCUGAGGUAUGGAGAUGUGGAAGGCUGGGCUCCUUCCCAUUAUUUGGCUCUCCCUGAUAACCAGCAAGAAGCUACAUCAGCAGAGACUGACUCCUCUUUUGCCAGGAACAGGAAAAAUGAAAACAAGUCAAACAGUUUAGAGAAGAUAGAGAAGAGGGUUCAGGCUUUGAACACCAUCAACCAGAGCAAACGUGCAACACCACCCAUCCCAAGCAAACCUCCUGGUGGCUUUUCAAAAGCUUCAGGGCCAGUUAAGAUGAGGAAUGGUGUGAGACAGCUUGCAGUCCGUCCGCAGUCGGUGUUUGUGUCUCCACCACCAAAGGAUAACAACCUGUCGUGCUCCUUGCGCAGAAAUGAGUCUCUAACAGCUACGGAUCAACUGAGGACCGUCCGCAGGAAUUCCUCCUUCAGCAACGCGUGGGCGCAGCCUGGGGACACCAAGGGAAAGCAGCCGGAGCGGCUGGGCACGGAGAGCUCCGAGACCACCUCCAACCUCCCCACGCAGAGGAACGGGAUCCCUGUGUCCACAGUCAGGCCAAAGCCCAUUGAGAAAUCCCAGUUCAUCCACAACAAUCUCAAGGACAUCUAUGUUUCCAUUGCAGACUAUGAAGGGGAUGAGGAGACUGCGGGGUUUCAGGAAGGUGUCUGCAUGGAGGUCCUCGAAAGGAACCCCAAUGGCUGGUGGUACUGCCAGAUAAUGAAUGGUGUGAAGCCAUUCAAAGGCUGGGUGCCCUCAAAUUAUUUGGAGAAAAAGAACUAAUAUUGCAAUAUCUUUAACCUCCCUAAUUUAUACUGUUCCUGCUGUGUACAUGUGGAAAAAACAAUUGCUACACAAAAAGACAUUUCCCUGUGCUCCAGUUUGUACAAAGGAGUCUAUAUGAGGACAAAUCUGCUGUGUUUUGGAGAGGUUUGUGGGGUUUACAUGUUGUAAGCAACUACGAGGAAGAUGCAGCAUAGUCAAAUGCCUUUUUGUGAAGUUGUUAAUAAUCUUGUAUGUGUAACAGGGUAUGACAUCCCAUCCUUCCCAUUAUUGAUAGGAAACCAAAUGUGUGCCUUUUGUGAGAGAAAUACACAUGCAUCUACCUGGGGAGUUCUGUGCCAAACUGUUUUACAAUCUUGGCUCCCUUUCUCCUCAUUUUUGUCCAUAUGCGGAAUACCCAAGAAUUCCAAAUGCUUUUUGCAACUUACAAUGAGAAGCAAAUGAAAGUUUCUGAAACACUAGAGGGACUCUAAUCCUUUGGAGAUGUUCACUUUUUUUUUUUUUUUUUUAACUAUACUCAACAGUUGGUAGGUCCAGAGUUGGAGCCUUUUCAUCGUGGAGAGUUUUGGUCUCACACUUCAGCGUUGUUACGGCUAACUCACCGGAAAAGGCCAUCAGGUGGUGUGGGUUGGGGGCUUUUUGUUUCCUUUCAUUCUGUCUUGUUCUUUGAGUUGAGAUUUCAGGUGUUCAAGGGCAGUGAUGCCUACUGGUGCUUGUAAAAACAAGCCUACAAACCCCUUGCUUAAGCACGUUUGUUACUGUGUAGGCUUCAUGUUUGGUUCUGUGCCUGGCUCCUGCCAGGUGGUACUGGUUGAUUCUCUUCCCAGAGCUGGGUUUCUCAAAAGUUGUCAAAGUCGACAAAGUCCCUUAAGACACUAAAGACAAAGCUGUCAGAUGUGUUAAUCCUUGUUUUGCCCUCUGGUCCAAAUCCAAGGGUGCUGACUGCUGGCAGGGUCCACCAGGAUAUUUGUGAGAAAUAUUUGUAACCUUCUGCAACAUCAGUGUUUACAAUGAGUGGGGGAAAAAAAAGCCAUCAAACUCAGUCUGCACAUAAUUUGUAUAUUUUUGGGGAAUUGCUUUUGUGUUUUGUUUUUGUCUAUUCUGUGCAUUCUGGGUUUACUGUAUUUUCUUUGUGUGUGUGUCUGGUUUUACCAGAAAAGAGUUAAAACUGAAGUAGGAGCCAAAUAUGUGUUUCUGUUCCCACUUGAAUCCAAAGAGUACAUUUGUACUGGACAGUGGGCCUGGGCUUCUCAGGCUCAGAGAUUUAAUAUCAAAGCAAUUCGGUCCACAAUGCAUUAAUGAGGAAGCUGCCUCUUCUAGUUCCAGUUCUGUUUGCCUUUCUUAACUCAUGUUUUGAAAUGUGGCACACGUGUGGGUGGUGUGGGAAAUGGAAGAGGUAUCCAUUGGAAAAGGCUAGGAAUAUGGAGUUAUUUGUGAGGUAGCCUUGUACUGUAAACAUAAUUUACUAAAUCCCUACUGUGCUUAAAGAAGUUAUGCUUGGUGGUUUUCUUAAAUGGCCUUGUUAAUCACUCAAGAUCAAUAUCUAAUUCUUUUAAAUAAUAGGCAGCAUUGUAAAUCUGUUGGGGUGGGGGGGAGGGCAGACCAUUUCACUACUGGUUUACACAAAGCAUUACAUGUCCUUUUUUCCACCAGUUUCAUUCUGAAUUGGCUUGGAAGUUAAAGGUUAUAAAGGCUUCAAAAUAGCUGGGAUCAAGGGGCUGAGUAAAACAGCACAACAAUACCAUAUGUUCCUGGGGAUGUUUCACUGCCAAAAAAAAAUAGGGAAUUUAUAUGUUGUUCUUGUCUUUUUCCUUUUUUUCUUUUUUUUCUUUUCUUUUCUUUUCUUUUUUCUUUUUUUUUUUUUUUUUCUGUGUGUGUGUGGUUUGGGGGUUUUACUAAUUUCCAUGAUAACACUGAGAGAGUUGCCUACAGCUGAUGUGGCUGAUGUCCUUUCAGGAGCUGAAACAACAUCCAGGUGCCACAACUACAGGCUCUAAACAGUGCUGUGGUUGGAGCAGCUCUCUGCAGCAGGUGGGGAGGGAGGCUGUUUGUUUGGGAUCCCUUUAAAUUGUGAUGGCAGGAGAAGGAGGUGUGACUGCACAACAGCUCAUGUCACAGUGCAGGGUCCUCUUGUACCUUGGUGUCUCACCCUGUGAUGUGUGAGUACAUGUCCAGUUAGCUGCAUCUCACUGGAUGUGUCUCUGAGACGUGGUGGCCCUGUCUCUCAUACUUCUCCCCAUUUUCAGUUGUACUAAGAUGGUAGCAGCCAUAAAAGACUGCUGGAGCUGUUGUGAGAUUGUAAUAGAAGUAUUAUAUUCUUCUGCUGGACAGUAUUAAAUAGAGCAAUACAUAGAGUUAUCUGCUAGAUUGCAGUACUAAUAGUAGUGACUUAGUGAUUCGUAUUAAUGUUAUGAUUUAUUUUAACAAUAAUGAUGCGGAAGUGGUUCAUUAUUUUGAAUUAAUGCACUUUAACAAUAACAGAAACCAAAAUGGAAGCCAAUGCAGAGAACUAAGUGCAUUAUUUAAAGGUGCAGUAUAUAAUUAACAUUUUCUUGAAGCACAUAUUUAUUAAGAAUUAACUUAUUAUUUAAAAUAUUCUAAAGUUUUGUUUGAACACAUUCCCACUGGGUCAUCUCUUUGGGGGGAUGUAAAGCACAGCUCCCAGAUCUUCUGCAUUGAGCCACUGAAUUCUCUGAGUGUGGUAUGGCCUGACAUGAGCCCAUAUCCGAGGAGGGAAGAGCAGCAAGGAGACAGAAGGGCCCAGACUACUGGAAAUACUCACAUUUGCAUCCAGCAAAGCCAGGCCCAGGGCACUCUGAGCUGCAGGAGUCCUUGCAGGGUGUGGGGUGGCACAGGUGCUUUUGGCAGACACUUCCAGUGCCUGGCUGCCGUGUGCCUUGCACAGGGCUGGCCCCGCUGGAUGCAAGUUCUCUGUGAGGCUCAGGUUAGGAGGCUCCAGGCUCUGCCUGAGCUGUGUAAGAGAUGUCUGUCUGUCCCACAGCUCCUGUUCCAUCUUGCUGGCGUGCUUCUCCAGCUCUGCCUUUUGCAGGGAGGUGCUUUGCCCUGCUCCAGGGUCACACAGAGUGGGGGUGCCUGCGGCACUGCCAGGGAUUCCUCAGUUUCCUCAUGCAGCAGCUCCAGGCUCUGCUGCUGCUUUAUCCCAUCCCAAGGGCCUCCUGCCCUCCUGAGGAGAGGCCAGACCCUGCAGAUGGGCAGAGCCACACUUGUGCCCUCCCUCUGCCCUCACCUACAAAAAGGAUGGAGUGCAGAUGGCCACCUUGGUGCCAGAAAUCAUUGCUGGCCACCACUUGGCACGCUGGCCUCCACCCUGGUGGAAAAGCUUCCACAUGGGCUUCCCUUCACUUGGUAGUUGUUUUGGCUGCUUGUGUUUAAAAGGACACUUUUAAAACAAAUACUCCCAAUGCAAUUCCUCCCACUCCUGUCUUAUCAUUGUCACUGCAUCUCUCACUGAGAUGCUCUCUCUUUUUUUGAUUCUUUCAACUGAGAGAUAGCAGGAAAUUUUUUUUUCCAUUGGUGAGCAGCUAGUUUUGGUCAGUUCUACUGAUACCCGAAAUAGCAAGCCCUUCACUCUUAGCUGUGAAACAGAGGGAAAGGCCUUAAGCUACAUCACAAAAGCUGACUGCAGGGCAGGAAAACCUGGCAGAGUACUCAGAGGACAGUGUAGUGCUAGAAGUGUUUUAGCUCUUUUCUAAAAAUGUUAACGUCGCCUUUUAUUUACUAAAUUUGUCAGAACUGACACUGGAUCAAGAGCAAUAUUUAAACGUAAUGUACACCUCAGUGAACACUCAAUGCAGAAAUCAGUAGUACUGUUUAAAUUUCUCUUUCUGGUUUAUUCCUGAACCAGGUUGUUAAAAGGAAGAGUCUGCAGGGCUUGAGCAGAGCCAUUUGCAGCUGAAGGGGGCCCUCCUCUGGGGGGAGAGGCGGCUGCUCUUGCUGUCUUGCUCUCACUCACUCUCUGUAUUUUCCAAAAAGUCUUGAAUUUGGACCAGCAGAAAUUCCAAACUCCAAUGCCAGAGAACGAAAUUAAAGAAUGUGAAAAUUGUGUCUUGCUGUAUACUGCAACUUUAAUAAUAAUGAGCACUUCUGAGUUCGUUAUUGAGGUUUAUAUAAUGCCUGAAAAGUUUAUUUGCUGGUUUCCCUUGUCUCCCCUUUCAAAACACUUUCUCAUAGCAGCAGGAGUCUCACAUUUUGUUAGGAGUCCUUCCCCAUGGGAGGCAAUUCCCAUUCACUGUUUUAGCUGUCACCCCCUGCAAUGGGUGAGUGUAGUCGUGUGUACCAGUCCUUUGCAAGUCAAACCUUUCAAGAUAAAAGCAAUGAUGGGCACAUGUUGGGGCACUUAACUGAUGCGUCAACAGGAAGUUUUUUAACUGAUAUAUUCAAUAAUAGCAAAUACACAAUAAGGAAAGAUUGGAAUUGUCUUGCAGCUAGACUCUUCAAAAUGGAAAUUCACAUCUGCAUGGGUAUAGCUAAAAAAUGCAUAUUUUCCUUGUGGAUGUGUACCCCAAAGACUCCUUCCAUUAUGAUGCUAUAAAGUUUGACGAAGGCAUUAUAUAAUUGUUUUCAUCACUUUCAGAUGUUAAUGAGUCAUAUUUUAUUGUAAUAUAUAUUCAUUGCUUUCCUCAGUUAAAAAGAAAGUUACUGCUUUUAUCUUAUAUGAAAAACAAGGGAAUUUGAUAAAGCAUUCAUUAUUUUCAUAUUACUAGUAUUAACAGAAUAGAACUAGUACUAUUUAAUUUUAGAUCUUCAUAGCUAGCUUGUUAAUAACUCAUAUUUUCCUGUGUUGUAUCCUACUAUUUUUUCUAUUUUUUCCCAAAUAUUCUGCAUUCUUGAGAAAAAGCAAAUCCAAUGAGUGGAUAAGUGCAAUAUUCAUAGAAUAAACAGGCCCCUCAUCCAGGACUUGGAGUGGAACGUGCAGUGUGAAAUGUUGGCAAUUCUCUAUUCAUGCACUCUUAGGGAAGGGGAAAUGCAGGGGAGGAGGCAACUGGAUGAAAACAGAACCCUUGGGUAGGUAGAGACUGACAGCUGGGGUGGCUUGGGUUGGGAAUGGCUGCUUUCCAUAGAAUUAUCACCUGUUAGUGAAAGUAUAAGGAUUACGCUGCAUGUUGCCAGGAUUAUGUAUAGAAUGUCCAUUAACAUCCUUGUCAAUACAGGAUUCUGAGCUAUGCUUGAAACACUCUGUGUGUCAUCCAUGCAUGAUUCUGUCUUCUGGUUUGUCUCUGCUGGUUGUGACCUCUUUGCGCUUCAGAGUUGGUGGUAAAUUCAGAAGGGAAAAUAAUUCUGCUGGUGCAGUCCCAGGUUUGGAUACUGUGUUGGUACUUGUAUUUAUUGCAAGAGCUAUGGGAAUAUUUUUACAGGUCCUUUCUUUUCUGUCCUUACUGUUAACCUAAGAAGAAAAGGUCUUCCUUUUAUCUGGGUUGAUUCUCACCUGCAGAAUUUCACAGAUGUUUUGGAUAUUGAUUUCAUAUUUCUUGGCUUGCAAAGGUGGAUCUCUCAGGUUCUAAAUAAAGUUGGGCAGAAACUUUGCUCUUCAAAAGAGGUAAUGUCUUAAAUUCUAUUUGAAUGGAAGGAGAACUUCCAUCUGUCAAAAAUAAUGUGACUUUACAGGUAGCAGCAAAAUCUACCACCUUUGAAAAACUGGACUAUUUUUGUAAGGUGCAAGAGAAAUGUGAAAGCCAGAGCACUUGACUCCCUGAGCUCUGGGAAGUACAUCUCCUGUGGCUCUAGUUCAUUACUCUGGAGAGGGGAUGUACCUCAGUUUUCUGCUUAAUUUUUGUCCUGCUGUUCUUAAGUUUGUCAGAAAACCUUAAUAUUACCAGAGACCUUUGCAUUCAAACAGAAAAACUGAAUUCUGCAGCUGUACUGAAAUGGUAUCAAACACGUGAUUUUGGAAAACCUGCAAUAUUUUGCCCAUUAGGAAUCUGGUUUUCAGGAGCCAACUUAGUUCUUUCAUAUGCUCUUGUCUAAACUGGCAAGAAGCCCACAAGCAUCAGUAGAGUUACACUGACAGAAGACCCUUGUGGGUGCUCAGCAUGAACUGUUCUCAGCAAAAGCAAGCUCUGUGCACUCUGUUCCUACACCUCCCAAGGGUGCACAGGACUGCUUAGCCUUGGUGCUGCCCUGCCAUCAUCCACUGUGCUGCAAAUCCUGCAGCUCUUUAAAACCAGCUGGAGCUUUGCUGCUAUUUGCUGGUGGUUUUCCAUCACCAGCAGCUCCUUCUCUGUCAGCUUCAGAUGCUAUUCAGCCACGUAGCAAAGUGCUGUGUGUCACUGCAGUGUUUGAUAGCUGCCACCAGUACCAGUAUGAUGGUCUAAAGCAUAUGUUUGUCUAAGUUAUUUUGUUUUCAUUGCUUUUCGGUGCUUGCUAGAAGCAGGGCUCAGCCCUGCGAUGGUGCAUGGGGAAUGUGUCCGCACACUUGAACCGUUUGAUGGCCUCUGCUAACGCUGCCCGGUGCUUGUGUUGCUCUGUCCCUCCCUCUGUGCUGCUCAGCAGUCGUGUCUGUUGUGUGUGUAAGUUCCAAAUCAAGUACUGUACGUCAGGCCGGAUCCAGAAGCCCCCAGCCAGCUGACUCUGGAUUGGGAUGUAGGUUGCUGUUGCUGCUUUUCCUCCUCCAUCUUAGACCCAACUUGGAGCAAAGCUCAGGUGUCUGUAACAGGUCACCCAUAACUCUGCUCUGGGUGUCAGUUUUGCAGGGUGUGCCAAGGGAGGAACUUUUCUCCUGGGUGCCCUUGCACCGGGGCUGGGCCUCUGCAGCAAUUCCUGGAGCGGAGGCUGCGCCGCACUGCGUGCGGGCGUGGCUGGAUAGCCACAACAAAUUAGUUUCCCCCAUUUUAUAUUGUCAGGGCUGGGCUGGUCCCAUCAACUAUGUUCUUCAUUUGUUCUUGCAUCAAGGUAGUGUUGAUUUUUAGUUGGAGAGUGCAAUUUUUUUGUUUUGUGUUUGGUUUUUUUAUAAAUAAAUUUGGUUUAAAGCUUCACACUGGCAUUUUACAGACAUGUUCUUGUCAGCAUAAGCCACUACUGUCCUGAGUUGAGACUCCUGUUUGUUACUGAAUUAAAAUUAUGGGAAUUACGUUGAUCAUUUGGAAAGAAAUUAGAAAUGAAAUUAGAAGUAACUAUAUUGGCAGGGGAGAGAUAGAUAAAAUAUGAGGAAAAAGAUGUUUCUAAUAAGGCCAUGGAUUAUUUGGUCCAACACUGCAGGUGCUUUCUCUGUAAAGAUGGUUUAAAUACAUCACUGCUCUGUGACAGGAUUUUUUGUUACUGAGAAAAGUUGAUUUUUUUCACUCCCUAAUAGACUAUGAUAGUCUGUGUCCUGAAGCCACCAGUGCACCAAAAGAAGACAAACAUAGGCUAUAUGCUUGUGGUAAUUGAGGCAGUUUGUGUGUCUGGGAAUUUGCAUGCACUGAGGUUCAGCUGGUGGAGUGGGCAAGCGUGGCUGUUCCAGACCUGCCCGUGUUGGCAGGAACAGCCCUGUGCUAGCAGUGCUUCUGGAAAAAUGUUGGCUUUAAUGACCUUUCCCUGAUGCUCAGGGAAAAGCCAUAUGCCAUAUCUGGUUACAAUGGUACCUGUCUUGGUCCCUGUUUGGUGGAGGAGAAAAACAGGUGGAAGGGAGAGUCACUUGGCACUGUAAGAAAGUUUUUAAAGUACAACAUCUAAUAUUUAAGUAAAUAUUUCAGAUUUCUCCAGAUACUCCCCAUCAAAGCUGUUAUUGUAUUUGAUGACUGAAAGGUAAGCAAUGUGGCAGUAUUCUCUGUGCAAACAGUUCUUUUGUGGUUGGAGAGCUUGUUUCUGGAACUGCUUCUGCAUCACCAGGGAAGUAGUAACAAAUAAACAAAACCCCAUCAUCACCCUUGGGUGAUGGCUAGAGGAGCAUUAAAUUCUGUCCUGACUCUGGGUCCCCCAGAACACAUUAAUGUGGUUUUUCUGUCCCCUUCAAGCAGGAUGGAAAAGAAUAGUGCAAUCACUGGAGCUUAGCCUGUAGCAAUUAGUAAACUGGAACAAAUAAAUUUUUUUUAAAAAAAAAAACCUUUAAAAAAUGAAGUAUUUCAGUGAAUAGCUGGCUUAACUACUUCCUAUCUUGGACUUUCAGGAAAGGAGGAAGUUAAAGUUGUUUCCAGUUGCUAGGAGGAAUUUUUCUGUGUCAUGCUGAACAGACUUGCUGAAAAGUCUUGCUCAUUACUGGUCAUGAGUUCAAACCUGGAAUAUUGCAAAAGCAAAGCGUGUGGAGCAUUACAAUGACUUUUUUGUACUGAGGGUCCAAAUGAGUAAUGUGGGGCCAGCAGUGUACAGAGUAAGUGCAUUUCUGCUGUCUGGCUGACUUGCACACGGCAUCAGUGCUGUUCUUUAAUUGCAGACAGCAGUGCUUAUUACUCUGCUGGCAGUGUUUAGGGAGAUUCAUGUAGAUGACCCUCCUCAGUUAAGGCUCAAUGUCAAAUGUCAUGUCAGAAGAAGUCCUGCCAGCAGCUUGAUUGAUUGCUGCUUAGGCUGAGGUUCAGAUGCAGAUAACUCCAGGUGGGUGUUGAAAUCAGCUCAGAUGGCUGUGAACAUCUGGCUCUGUUUCCAGAGGUGUUAAUUGUGGCUGUGAACAUCUGGCUCUGUUUCCAGAGGUGUUAAUUAGCCCAGAUUAUCUCUGCAAACUGUGGCUAGUGAGUUACUGGGAGCCUAAAUCUGUUGGUGAAGGAAGGCUGAAAUUUGUUUGAGCUGUUGUGCUCCUGUGCAUUAGCAGAGCAAUGCCAUGUGUCUGGACUGGAAGCUCCUCGAGGGUUUGCUGUCCCAAAUUUUUAGUUGACAAAAAAAAAAAAAAAAUGGAUCUAGGCCUGGUCUAAGUGAAGUUUUGCAGUGGGUUUCUUGGAUGGUUGAUGUUCUUAAUGUGACCUUGAAAACUAGAUGCUGUUGUUGUUUCUGUGUUGGUGUAGAGCUCCAUUUUUCAGUGGUUAGGUGGUGGGAAUGUACCUGGUGGGAGCUUGGACUCUUGGGAGAGCAUGUCGGUGACUAGAGAUAGAGAAAUGUGUGGCUGGUUUAGUGUGUGUGGUCAAGUUGGUGACACUUUUUUGUCUUUUGUUUUGUUUUUAAUAUGGGAACCAAUUAGUCUGUUCUGCUUGGGAAAAUGUCUAGAAGUUGGUAUGGUUUCUGUUGCAGUAAAUAUGAGAAGGAAAUGGUUGAGAGCUUUUUUUUUUUUUUUUUUUUAAGAGAGUUUAUGGGCAGGAGACCAUUUACUUUGUUUUGGGUUGCAAGUUAAGCUAAGAGAGGAAGAAAAUGAGUCUGGGGAAAUCCUUUUUUGUGGUAACAGCUUUGGACCAUAUUUUGUUGUGGCCUCUGAUCCAGCUCCACUGAAGGCAGUGGAGUGAAUAUUGUUGAUCAUGUAGAUGUUAAAGCUUUUGGUCAUGAAUUAAUUCUUAGAGAGGUGACAGGUGUCUUGACAUUCCCAGCAUGUCAUUGCAAAUGUGAGCUAGAGACAGAAAUAAUAACUGUACCUUCAAGCAUUGUUCAGUUUUUGUUUAAUGAGCUUGAGAUGCUGACCAGUUGGAUAAAACUGUUUGUACAAUGAACAGCUCCUGCAAUGGUCCAGAUGUGCUUUGGUCUAUAAGAGGUCUUCCUAGGAAAGGAAAUGAUAGUCAUGAUAAAAAAAAAUUGCCUUUCUCAGUCAUCCCAGUAAAACUGAAAUCCAGGAAAGUGACACUUUCUGCACUUAACAGUAUCUUUUGCCAUGGAUGGCAAGAGUGAUUGUUGAUGAGGGAUUAGAUGCCCCGGUCUGUCUGAACUGACACGAAACAGAUCUUUAGAUCUUUUUGUGACCAGUCCCUGAGUCUGUGUGUAAACAUUUGGAAAGACUGGAUGCAGGUCAGAGUAGUAGUUAACAAUGAGCAAGUUUUUUGUGGGCCAACACAAAAGAUGUAUUAGCAGUGAGGAAAACACAGGUCUCCUUUUUGCCAAGUGACUCUCUAGAAAUUUCCCUCAGGCUUCAGCCCAAAUCAGCAGGGAGCUGUGAGGAUUUAGCUGACACAUACUGGGGGCCUGUUUCUGUGACUGGGACAACAGAAGUGUAGCUUAGUCCUAGCAAAAAUUAAUGAAAUUAUCAUAGUACAGUGUUUUCAUUUGCUCUGGAUAUGACAGUAGUGGGGGGAAUGAGCUGUGGAAAACAUAAUCCAGAUUUGCACUUUACUUGACUGCAGUGUCCAGUCCAGAACUAUUUCAGAGCUGUCUUCAUGGCUGUGCCCUGUGUGGGACAGGGAAUGCACCAGAGGGGCUGCCCUCCUCUCUGUGCCAUGACCAACUGCUUGCUCAGAGAACUGCAAAACAGUGUAAAGUAAUUGAGGUUUGGGAUUUCUCCCUAGAGCAGCGUGUUCUAAAGCAGUGAAGUAAAACAAGUGCUUGUUUGGGAAAUUUUAAUCAUGUCUCUGUAAAGGUGAAAACUCUGUAUGGGUCUCUCAACAGAGAAUGAGAAACAUCAUCUGUCUUGGGCAGUUGUACAUGUGAAGAUGCAGAACAAAGACUUCAGAUUAGUGUGCCUAAAAGUAGAUGUCAGCAUUUCUCUAUAGGCAUUUGUUAGAGCUGUUAUUAUUUUGGAACUGAACAGCAUUUGAUAAUGGUUAAUCAGAACUGCUCAAAAAUUCCCGCAGGGAAGGAAAAGACAAUUUGAGUUGUGGACACUUACAGGAGCGGGAGUUGUAAGAAACAAAAGAUUGCCAGGUGCUUAUGAACCUAAUUUUUCCUCCAGGAUUAUCACAGGCCCUUGUGACUGUGUCCUGGCAUACGCUGGUGCUGUGGCACAGCAAUUGAUCAGUGACACCUCUUUGCAAAAUUUCAGAACCUUGCAUCUGAUGGGCACAUUCCAAUACACAUCUGGUGUGUAUUGGAAAAGAUGAACCUAAAAAGGCCUUGGAGUAACCUACAACUGAUAAAAGAGCUUCUGAUUUGUAUGUUGCAGAAAUGCUGAAAUAACUUGCAUUGAGUCAACUUCAGCUCCUUCCAAGCAUCUGCCAUUACCCACCCUGGCAGCUCCCAAGUGCUACAGCCUGACAGGUGGUGGAGGCUGGCAGAUGUUAGUGGGAAGGGCAGUUCGGGAUGAUGCUACUGCUCCUCCUGGUUCUCAGCCAUGCCUGAAGUCGGAGCUCUGCUGGGCCAGAGCAGGCCCAGGCCCUUGGCACGGUGUUUGCUGUGUCCCACAGGGCUCUGCCGAGCGCUCUGAGAGAGCUCUGCUGGCCUGGGUGCUGCUGCCCAGCCAGGAGGCUGCGCCCUCCCUGUGUGCAGGGCCCUGGGAGGUUGUGAGGAACUGCCAGAAUUUGGGAAGUGUUUUCUCAGAGACAUUACAAGUUGUUGCAAUGUGAACCUCUGAUGUUUUCAAAGACUCAGGCAGAAAGGACUUGCUAAACAAACUGUACCUGUCAUCUCCCAGUUCAUUGAUUGCUUGGACCAAAGGUGGUGCUAAAUCUGAUCUUUGUCUGUAAUAUUUAUAUUUUGUUGGACUUUUUUUUUAAGUGUUUAAUAAAACAGAUGCAGUGUCCUUCUUAUAUGAGAAAUUUAGUCCCAUCUUGGGACAUGGCAAAACUCCCUGGACCUUCAGGGCCCAGGAUUGUUGCCUGUUACCAUUUGAGCAGGCUUGCAGUGUUUGGGGGGAGGUGGGAAAAGGGUACUCUAUCUUCAAAUGCUUGCAGACUGUAAGAAUUGACUUGUGAUUUGUUUGUUUGUUUGUUGGUAUUUUGUUUACAAUGCCUCUUAUGCCCUAAGGAAAAAUAAAUUUUUGACCUUUUUAAUUGUGA